AUGGAAUACCCCUUUGAUCUAGGAGGUUAUUGCCGCAAAAUACGCACCGACUUCUCCGAAGCACAGACCUGGUUCGACCGCGGUCUCAUCUGGACGUACGCCUUCCACCAUGAAGAGGCAGCACGCUGUUUCGAGCUCGCGUGGACGGCCGACUCUUCGUGCGCGAUGGCCGCCUGGGGACUGGCAUACACUCUCGGACCAAACUACAACAAACCGUGGUCCGUGUGGGACGAGGAGGAGCUUCGAAUGACGACACGACGAGUGUACGAGGUUGCCCUCGCCGCAGAGCAGCUGGCGGGGAGGGAGGAAUCCCUGGAGCAAGCGCUGUGCGCGGCGCUGCGUCUACGAUAUCCGCAGGCUGAACCGCCUGAGCCGCGCGAGAAAUGCGAAGACUGGAACAAGGCAUACGCGAUCGCCAUGCGGGCCGUGUACGAUCGGUUCGGCGAUGAUCUGGAUGUGGCGGUGCUGUUCGCCGACGCGCUGAUGAACCUCACGCCGUGGCAGUUGUGGGAUCUGCAGACGGGCGAGGCGGGAAUGUAUACCAUGGAAAUCAAACGGGUGAUGGAACGGGCGUUUACGGAGUCGCCGCAGGGGAGUCUGCGCCAUCCGGGCCUACUGCAUCUCUACAUCCAUCUGAUGGAGAUGUCGAGCACGCCUGAAGCGGCGCUGGGUCGUGCUGAUGUGCUGCGCGAUCUCGUCCCCGACGCGGGCCAUUUACAACAUAUGCCGUCCCAUCUGGACGUGUUGUGUGGUCGGUACGAGGCGGCGAUUGUAUCGAACCAAGCAGCUAUCCGUGCUGACGAGAAAUUCAUCGAGUGGUCCAAGCACACUGCCACUGCCACUGCCACUGCUACUACGAGUUCAUCUUUCUACACUCUCUACCGAUGUCACGAUUACCAUUUCUGCAUCUAUGCGGCCCUGUUCGCGGGGAAGAAACAGGUCGCCCUGGACACCGUGGCACGACUAGAAGAAUCCCUUCCCGAAGCUUUACUCCGUGUCUCUUCCCCCCCGAUGGCAGACUGGCUGGAAGUGUUUUGUGGGAUGCGCGUGCAUGUACUCGUCCGCUUUGGCGAAUGGGAGGAACUCCUGGCCUACCCGGUUCCAUCGGAUACAACUCUCUACAGCGUGACCACGGCGUUGAUCCAUUACGGCAAGGGAGUCGCGCACGCGGCCAGGGGGGAAACAGACUGCGCGGCAAGAAGUCUGCACUCCUUCCUCGUUGCGCGGGAGAAGGUGUCCCCCUCCCGCACGCUGUUCAAUAACUCCUGUCUCGAUAUACUGGGUAUCGCGGAGGCGAUGCUCCGCGGCGAACUGGCGUACCGACUCGGCGAGAUCGAGCAAGGGUUCGAAUGGUUGCGGACUGCGAUCUCCCGCGCGGAUUCUCUUCCCUACGAUGAACCGUGGGGGUGGAUGCAGCCCGCUCGACACGCUUACGGGGCGUUGCUUCUUGAACAGGGGCGUGUCGAGCAGGCUAUGGCGGUUUACGCGGCCGAUCUGGGUAUAGACGGGGGGGACACCUCGUUGCCGAGGGCGUUGCGGCAUCCCAGGAACGUCUGGGCGGUGCAUGGCUACCGUGAAUGUCUUCGGUUGUUGGGGAGGGAGGAUGUGGAGAUUGAUCACCUUCUGGGGGGGUUACUUGAUGCCGCGGACGUUACAGUUUCUUCUUCUUGUUUUUGCAGAAAAUAA